AUGCCGGCAACAGAUAGCAGUAAUCCCAUGGCUUCUCUAUGGGAGUGGAAGAAGCAUCUGAGUCCCCUCAGAGUCGACAUCGUCGGUGACUUUGCUGGAAAAGAGCUGUUCGCUAUUCAUGGAGAAUCCUUGGUGGCUCAUUGUCUCGCCACUGCAAACGUCGACUAUGCCGUCGGUUUUCAGCUGCUCCAUGCAGUGCAUGCGAUCGAGGUCUUCCUAGCCAAACUCAAGGAGCGAGGAUGCUACUUCCAUAUCCUUUGGUUCAAUAGCCACCAAGACCUGACUACUCCGCCGGAUUCCCCCAAGAAACAAUCUUAUAAAUACCUCUUGACGCGUGCUGUCGCCAUCGAGCAUCUACGAUCUCCUGAGCUACGGCCUGGCACAGCCCCCGAUGAUAGCGGUAUCAAAUCUCCAAUGAGCUUUGUAUUCCCUUCCAUCACGAGCCCUGAAUUCUUGCAGUACACCAACCAUCACCGCUUUCACUUUGUCAUGAUGUCCCAUGGCAGCUCUUCAAACCCAGACACGACCAAGGAGGUUGAAUUCUUGAAGAUUAUGUACUUAUUCGCCCGACGCGGUUACAGCUUGGCUUUUAUCGACGACAUCGAGUUUCGGAGCUCCAAGGCAUAUACCCUCAUUACAACAAUCCCAACCUCGGCGACAUUGAUCUCUGUUACAGAGCCAACACCUGUACCGAAACCCGAUUCCGGUUGCAGACAGAUUUCCGACCGUCUCCAGUCCACGUCCAAGCCCCAUCAGUGGCGGUGUCUUCGGUACAGUGACGAAGUUGAGGCCCGAGAAGAGGUAGCGAUUAUUGCUUGCGCAACUUUCUUGUCGAAUAAGACCUCGUCUUCAAUCAAUGAGAGACAAGUGGCCGCCUUUCUUUCACAUAUUGCCCUGUUGAAGCAUAUAAAGCUCUCGCAGCGAUCUUUUUCGACGCCGCCGGAGCAGACAAACUCCUCGGAGAACGAUGAGUUCUUUGCGACUUUUGCCAAUGUAGCAAUUGAACUGAUCCAGAAGUGGCCUAAUGGGAAAAUGGGUCGCCAAAUUAGUUGGAGAGUCUGCGAUCUCAUUGACGGCCGACUUUACUGCCACGUCUUGGCAGGGCUCGAAUCCCUUCAAGUCCCCGCUGGCGAUGCUUAUGAUUAUGCAUUCGCUGUCAGGGACCUGUCCGGUGUCGACGUGUCUCCACACCUGCCGCUUUCCAUUGAACAGGACAAAGGCAGCGUGGGGAAAUGUAUCACUGAAUUUCAAACUUCGGACACCCAAUCUAUCCUUGCAUUCAGCCAUCCUAUAUUGGACAAGUAUCUGGAAGACGUCAAGUUGACGAGUCAAUCCAUGACAGAGGAUGAAAGUUCUGACUCCAAAAUCUUUCAAGAGCUCUCCCACUGGCACAAUUCGAAGAAGAGCCUCGACCCAAAGAAUGUUCCAAAGCGCCUGGGGUUCUUUGCAAGCAAAAGAAACCAGAAAUACAUGGCUGACACGAUUGCGUACUCUGCUAGCCUGACCAGUUCUACCGGAAAGAACAUCUAUCCUGAGCCAAUCGUUGUCAAAAAGGCAGAGUUGUCCGGCAAGGCCAAGAAGCAAGUGGCCUCAGUCGAAAAGCAAGGCCAGCAUAUCACGAGCGGUACAGAGAGGGCUAUCGAGACAUCAAGAAGGCUAAGAGAGGAGAAGACGCGAUCCAGAGCCCCGGUGAUCAUCAGAAAUUGGGAAGAGAAGUGCCGGGACUUUGACAAGGAUUCAACUGUCGGGAAGCGCUACCUCAGGGUCAAGAAAUAUUUGUCAAGUCUUUCUAUCGAAGACAAGAACGCUGUUGGUGGAGAGGUAAUGCUGUACAUGUGUAACAUGCUUGGUCUCCAGCUUAUUCGCCGACCCCUGAAAAAGGCUUUCAGCGAUUCAGAGUCAAGUAUUUUGGCGAUGAUCUGGGCCCAGGUUCGAGAGAUGAUGUCCUUGCCACUUACCGUUGAGACGAUAAACCAGCUACAGCACUUAAUGGCGGCCCUGAAGUUGCCACAAGAUGAACUCCAUGGCGAGAAUUUUGUGCCUGUCAGCCAUCGUCUUCCGUUUGUUUCAACAUACGAAGUAUCGACCAAACAUCUUCAGGUUCAGACGACAGGUCUGGAGUUCCAGCUUGCUCACUGCGGACCAUAUCUGGAGCGAAGCUUCGACUCAGCCCCCGACAGGCGUGUGUCUUUCAGUCCGGACGCGUGGCAGCGAAGAGUACUUGAUGCAAUCGAUGAUGAAAAGAGUCUUUUCGUCGUCGCCCCCACGUCCGCUGGAAAGACCUUCAUCUCAUUCUACGCCAUGAAGAAGGUUCUGCAGAACAACGACGAUGACGUCCUCGUCUACGUGGCUCCUACCAAAGCCCUCGUCAACCAGAUUGCAGCGGAAGUCCAGGCUAGGUUCUCCAAGUCGCAGCAUCAUGACGGCCAUUCGGUUUGGGCUAUUCAUACUCGAGACUACCGCGUCAACAACCCCACUGGCUGUCAAGUUCUGGUUACAGUUCCGCACAUACUCCAGAUUAUGCUCCUCGCACCUUCGAAUGCGCAAAAUGAGAGAUCCUGGGCUCGGAGGGUGAAGAGAAUCAUAUUUGACGAAGUACACUGCAUUGGCCAAGCCGAAGACGGAAUCAUAUGGGAGCAAUUAUUGCUUCUUGCCCCCUGUCCCAUCAUCGCCCUAUCUGCUACGGUGGGUAAUCCACUCGAGUUCAAAGAGUGGCUCGCAGGAACCCAGAAAGUCAAGGGCUUCGACCUUGAGAUGAUUGUUCACUCGGCUAGAUACUCCGAUUUGCGAAAGUUCUUGUACCAGCCACCCCCGAAGCUGGAAUUCGAAGGCCUGGAGCCAGUGGAACGCCUGCCAAUUCCUGGACUCGAUGCAGAAGCGGGAGAAUCCUCCCGUUUCGCCUUCGUGCAUCCAGUCGGAAGCAUCAUAAAUAAGAACCGCGAGACGCUCGAUGAUGCCAGCCUCGAGCCUCGCGACUGUCUUCGGCUUUGGCUGGCCAUGAAAGAAAGUCAAGAUGAGUCAUACCAGAUUGAUCCCAGCAUCAAACCUGAGCUUUCGUUGCCGCAGUUGGCGAAGAAGUCGGACAUCAUCAAGUGGGAGGCCUCUCUCAAAGCACAGCUCUGGCAAUGGAUGCAGGAUACCAAGUCACCGUCCCCCAAGGUAUUCGAGCGGCUCAAGACACAGAGACCUACUUCUGAGCCAAGCCUCGAGAAACCUGAAAUUGUGGCAGACGUUUACGGUGAAUCUUCCUUCUCACUACUAGUUGAUCUCCGUUCCAGAGGUGCUUUGCCAGCUAUUCUUUUCAAUUAUGACCGUGUGGGAUGCGAGCAGAUUAUUCUCAAAAUUGUUCACCUGUUGGAAGACGCUGAACAAAGAUAUCGGAACACAAGUUCAGAAUGGGCUAGGAAACUGGCCGCAUAUCACAAAUGGCAACACCAGAAUGAUAGCAAGGCUGUAAAGAAAAGAAUCAACGCUACGAGAGCAACAGGGGCUUCGAAUUCCAAGGAGGAGAGGCACAAUGCAAAGGAUUCUGGUGCAGCCCCAAAUCAAGCCGAUCUUGCACGCGAAGACGCAGGCCGAGAAAUCAGUCCUUGGGAGAGUUUCGACCCCGAGGCACCUCUUCCGCAGUACAAUUUCGCUGACACCACGAAGAUCACGAUUACGGAGUUGGAGGACCGCAUCAGGUCUCUCGAAAAUUUGGGCAUCAAGCCCCGCCUCAUUGACGCUCUUCGCCGGGGAUUGGGUGUCCAUCACGCUGGUAUGAACCGGCAGUACCGCCAAGUAGUGGAAAUGUUGUUCCGCAAGGGCUACUUGACCGCCGUCGUUGCAACCGGCACUCUCGCUCUUGGUCUGAACAUGCCUUGCAAAACCGUUGUUUUCGCAGGUGACUCGGCCUUCCUCACGGCUCUCAACUAUCGACAGGCAUCGGGGCGCGCUGGACGCCGUGGAUUCGACCUUCUUGGUAACGUGGUCUUCCACGGCAUCCCUCAUCAUCGUACCAUGGAGAUCAUCUCAUCACGAUUGCCAGAUCUCAGGGGGCAGUUUCCGAUAUCCGUCACUUUAGUUCUUCGACUCUUUGGUCUGCUGCACAGCACGAAGAACUCUCAGUAUGCCAUCAACGCAGUGGAGUCCCUGUUGAACCAGACUCGCCUGUUCCUCGGCGGGCCUGCCUCGCAGAUGGCGGUCAAGCAUCACUUGCGCUUUUCCAUCGAGUACCUCCGACGACAGCAACUUCUCUCUCAAACAGGAGCACCCCUCAAUUUCUCGGGCCUCGUCGGUCACUUAUACUUCACAGAGAAUGCUGUUUUUGCUCUUCACUCCCUACUAAAGGAAGGCUACCUGCACAAGCUUUGCGGGGGUAUUGACAACCCAUCGAAGCAGGAAGAGACCAUUCUCACUUUGUUGACAAUCCUGUGCCAUCUCUUUUGCCGCAUUCCAUGUACAAAGUACAAGGACCAUGAGUGGCUCGAUCGUGUCGUACUUCAAUCACCUUCGGUAGUCCUUCUGCCUAGCCUCCCAGCCGAGGCCGAAACUGUCCUCCGAGGUCACAACGAGGAGACCCUGGAGAUUUUCAAGACUUACGUACACACUUUUAUUGCGCAGAAUCUUCCGGACUCUCCAGAUGACAGGCUUCCAUUCAGCAAGCGCCGGGUGGGCGCUGCACAAGAGGCCUCGUUUGAUAUCUCGACAGCAAAAAUUCCGAUGCUCCCUCCUCCGACACUUCGUUCCCCAUUCGCUGCGCUCUCGGGUUUCACGGACGACUUCGCCACAAUCCACGAGCUCUGUGACACUGUUCGCGCUGGCGUCUUCCUCGACGAGACGGCCAUUCCAUACAUCCCCAUCUACCCGAAGGACACAAACAACGUGCCAUGGAAUGCAUACAUCUAUGACUUUUUCAAGCAUGGGGAUUUGAAUACUCUCGUACGGGACAACGGAAUCAAGGGUGGAGAUGUAUGGUUCCACCUCAAAGACUUCUCACUGAUCUUGGCCACCAUCGUGACAAGUCUGGAGAACCUCCUGGGACAAGUUGAUGCGGAUGACACGGACAUGAUCAAUGUACUGGACGUCGGUGAUGCUCUUGAAGAGGAAAGGAUCGUGGAUGAACCGGCUCCCUACAUGCCAGAAGACCAUGCCAUCUCAUUUACUACUUCGCACCCAAAGAACAAGGCCACCUCGAAGAAAACGAAGGCAAAGGUUGCUGACUCAUGGGAAGAUGAUUUGGACAGUUCCUCGGACCAUACAUAUACCCACAGCGCGGAUAGUAGUUCAUCAAGCGGGGCUGGUUAUGCCACCCAGUCGGAAGGAACGUCCUUUAGGUCAAACCGAGAAAUCGGGGAUGGUCAGGGUCUUGUGAAAGUUCAUAAGGCUUUCAAGCUCCUGCAGCAGGUGUUUGAAUUGAAGUUUAGAAAGGUGUGGGCUUGA